AGUGGCAUAUAAAAACCCCAUGACAAGCUUUUACUGGCAGUGCUGUUCGAUUUAUCUGCUUUUUUGAGUAGGCAAGUAAUUCACUGCAGCCCAUUAUCUGAAACAGUUGCUUCUCCGCUACAAGUUAACUCGGCAAUAAUGUCGAAAAUUGUGUAUGCAGCUUUGAUAUUCUGCGCCAUGGUGAUGCUGAUGGCCACCAGCAGCAAUGCCAAAUUGGUACCCAACCCCGCCGAUAAUUCGCUGCGAAGCCGUGUGGACGCUCCGGUAACAUGCGACGAUAUUUCCGGUCUCUGGUACAACCAGCUCAAUUCGGAAGUGGUGCUCCGCCACGGCAACGGGCGGCUGAUCCAUGGAGACUACGCGUCGUACGUCAAUACCGCACAGAGCCAGGCCAAUUCUUCCAACGCAGCGCCGUCCACUGGACCGCUGGUCGGUUACUUGAAGAAUGCCACUCUGGCUUUCACCGUGAACUGGGAUAACAGUGGCGCCAUUACCGCCUGGGCUGGAAACUGUUACGUUGACAGCGAACGAAAUCUGGUGGUGAUCAAGACCUCAUGGCACUUGGUGCGAAAGCAGGAUUCCCUCGCUGAUUCAUGGAAGGGUGUACUAUCGGGCCAGGACGUGUUUACCCGACAGCGCCGGCCGGCCUCGUGCUACUGAUACAACAUGGACGCGAUCGUUCUAAUAUGCCACCAAAUUCCAUAGGCGCAUUACCCUUAGUCUAGUAAUUGCAAAAAAAGCCCUGCUUUCUGUACUCUGCACUGUUUAAUAUUCUUAUAGCAUUAUUAUACAUUAAAAUAUAUAAUUGCGCGACUCAUGCAACAGAGAUAAAAAACCUUUCGCACUACCUUUCCCUACGUGUAAUACAUUUUGGCACUAUCUUUUACUCUGCAGCCAACCUUUUCCGGCAUUGUUCCGCUUUCUCGGGUAUCAAUAGCUAUGACUCAUAUGAG